AAUCUGGCAGCGAUGCAACACUCUUUGGUUGACUACGCAAGAGGAUCGUGGCUUGGCGGGGACUUAUGCGAUCGAGGCGACUGCGAAAGACUUUGCUACAGUCAGGUACGUUACUCUACACGAUAAGUCUAGACAGAGAUGUUCAUGUCUAGCAGAGAGUUCGUAGCUCGAGACAUUACUCCUUCAGCGUCCUAGGAAUGUCCAUCAUACUAACCGUUUGCGGCAUCAUUGUGCUUUUUGCAUUCUUUCUUGAUGAAAUACUGGCUUUUCUGUUCAAGUUUAGGCGACUCAGAAAUGACGAGGACUACGAUUAUGCGUAUGCUGAGUUGCAGGCUGGUUCGACGCUCCAGUUGCAGCGAUUAGCGCAUGAGAGUGUAGGUGCCGGCACCUGGACUGGAGCAACGGAUGUGGUACCGGUGAUAGACCCAGGAGACACUCUCGCCGUCCUCGAUCUUCGUCAACGCGGACACCCACGACUCACACUGUCUUCGCAUGAGCUCACGCAUAUCGAUACUGAAACAUUCGUCAACAAGAGGCCUUCAGCUCGUUACACGAGACUCCAAAGUAGCGAUGCUCUUUAACAAACAGUGGUCAGCGCCGAUGCAGAAUUUGGCAGGCACAUCUGCCUUGAUUUACUACUCUUCCAGGCACAGAGGCAUAGUUUCCCU